AUGGCUGAGUCAUCAAUACCGAAUAAAGAUGAUUUAAAAGAUAUUUCCAAUGAAAUUCCAAGUAAUACAAUAUUAAAUAAUCAACCAUUAGUAACUGAUCCAAUAAUAAUACAAACACAAGAUGAUGUAACAGAAGUUGAAACACCAUUAGCAAUUCCAAUAACAGGAGAUCAUUUAUUUAAUAAUAGAAAAACAGAUUCAUUAGAUAGUUUUAGAAUAGAUGAUCAAGAUUGGGAAACCAUAGAUAUAAAUAAUAAUGAAUCAAAAUAUCCAAUCUUGCAAAAGAUAAAACAAUUUUUGACUAAAUUUUAUAAUUCAAUAAUUUUACCAAAUAUUGGUAUAUCUUUAUUAAUAAUUUCACAAUUUUUAAAUAGUAUAAUGGUUACAACUUGUAAAUUAUUAGUAACAAAUAAAGAUUUUAAUGAACCAAUACAUCCAUUACAAAUAUUAUUUGUAAGAAUGUUUAUUACAUAUAUUUGUUGUUUAAUAUAUAUGUUUAUAACAAAAUCAAUUGAACAAGCACCAUUUGGACCACCAAAAUUAAGAAAAUUAUUAAUUAUUAGAGGUAUAGUUGGAUUUUUUGGAGUUUUUGGAAUGUAUUUUUCUUUACAAUAUCUUAGUUUAUCUGAUGCUGUUUCAAUAACAUUUUUAGUUCCAAUGUCAACUGCUUUUUUAGCUUUUAUUAUAUUAAAAGAAAAAUAUUCAAUUCUUGAAGCUAUAUGUUCAAUUUUUUCAUUAGGUGGAGUUUUAUUAAUUGCAAAACCUUCUUUUAUAUUUGGUAAAGAAAUUGAAAAAGAAAAUGGUGGUGAUGAAUCAAUUGAAAGUUCAUCUUCUGAAAAAAGAAUUUUAGCAACUGUAAUUGGAUUAAUUGGAGUAUUAGGUGCAAGUUCAGUUUAUAUAAUAUUAAGAAAAAUAGGAAUGAAUGCUCAUCCAUUAUUAUCAGUAAGUUAUUUUGCAUUAACUUGUUGUAUUAUAACUUUUAUAAGUAUUUUAAUUAUACCUUCUUUAUCAUUUGUUUUACCUCAAAAUUCUUAUCAAUGGUUUUUAUUUUCAAUUAUUGGAUUUUCUGGAUUUUUUAUGCAAUUUUCUUUAACUGCUGGAAUUCAAAGAGUUAAAGCUGCAAGAGCUUCAUUAAUGACUUAUUCAGGUAUGGUAUUUGCUAUAUUAUGGGAUUUAUUAAUUUGGGGUCAUUUACCUGGUUUAUUAUCAUUUUGUGGUAUUGCAUUAAUUAUUGGAAAUGCUAUAAUAAUAUUAAAAUUUAAACCUGAAUAUAAAGAUGAUGCAAAAAAUUCAGAAGAUUCAAAAAUUCAAGAUAUUGAAAAUAAUGGGAAUUAUGAUAAAUUAAAUAAUGAUAUUGCUAUGCAAGAUUUUAUUAUAACUGAUGAUGAAGAAGAAGAUGAAGAAGAUAGUUCAAGUAGUGAUUCAGGUAAGAAUACAAAUCAGAAAUUUUAA